AUGGCGGCGGCCGCGGCGCUCUCGGGCGCGGGCGGGCCUCCCGCGGGCGGCGGGGCCGGGGGCGGCGGGGGCGCGGGCGGCGGGUCCCCGCCGGGCGGCUGGGCCGUGGCGCGCCUCGAGGGCCGCGAGUUCGAGUACCUGAUGAAGAAGCGCUCGGUGACCAUCGGGCGCAACUCGUCGCAGGGCUCGGUGGACGUGAGCAUGGGCCACUCGAGCUUCAUCUCGCGGCGCCACCUCGAGAUCUUCACGCCCCCGGGCGGCGGCGGCGGCCAUGGCGGGGCGGCCCCGGAGCCGUCCGCGCAGCCCGGGCCCGACGCCGGCGGCGACUUCUACCUGCGCUGCUUGGGCAAGAACGGCGUGUUCGUGGACGGCGUGUUCCAGAGGCGCGGCGCGCCGCCGCUGCAGCUGCCGCGCGUGUGCACGUUCAGGUUCCCGAGCACAAACAUCAAGAUCACGUUCACUGCCCUGUCCAGUGAGAAGAGAGAGAAGCAGGAGGCCCCCGAAUCCCCGGUGAAACCUGUGCAGGCCCACAUCUCGCCCCUGACCAUCAACAUUCCAGACACCAUGGCCCACCUCAUCAGUCCCCUUCCCUCCCCCACAGGAACCAUCAGUGCUGCAAACUCCUGCCCAUCCAGCCCCCGGGGAGCAGGGUCUUCGGGGUACAAAAUGGGCCGUGUGAUACCAGCUGACCUCAAUUUAAUGGCCGACAACUCACAGCCAGAAAAUGAAAAGGAAGCUUCUGGUGGAGACAGCCCAAAGGAUGAUUCAAAGCCUCCUUAUUCCUAUGCACAAUUAAUCGUACAAGCAAUUACGAUGGCUCCUGAUAAGCAGCUUACUCUAAAUGGAAUUUAUACUCACAUCACUAAAAAUUAUCCAUACUACAGGACAGCGGACAAGGGCUGGCAGAAUUCAAUUCGCCACAAUCUCUCUCUGAAUCGUUAUUUCAUCAAAGUACCACGUUCCCAGGAAGAACCAGGCAAAGGCUCAUUCUGGAGGAUAGAUCCUGCCUCUGAAAGCAAAUUAAUAGAGCAGGCUUUUAGGAAAAGACGGCCUAGGGGCGUGCCUUGCUUUAGAACCCCUCUGGGACCGCUCUCCUCUAGAAGUGCCCCAGCCUCUCCCAAUCACGCUGGAGUGCUCUCUGCUCACUCCAGUGGUGCCCAGACUCCCGAGAGCCUGUCGAGGGAAGGUUCACCAGCCCCCCUGGAACCUGAGCCCAGCGCCUCACAGCCCAAACUGGCCGUCAUCCAGGAGGCACGGUUUGCCCAGAGUGCACCAGGCUCGCCUCUGUCUAGUCAGCCCGUUUUAAUUGCCGUGCAGCGGCAGCUGCCGCCGACGAUCAAGCCCGUCACCUACACAGUCGCUGCUCCCGUGACCACCUCGACCUCCCAGCAGCCUGUUGUGCAGACGGUGCAUGUCGUCCACCAGAUCCCUGCGGUGUCCGUCACCAGCGUGGCCGGCCUGGCCCCGGCGAGCACAUACACUGUCGCCGGCCAGGCCGUGGUCACUCAGGCGGCCGUGCUGGCCCCUCCUAAGGCAGAGCCGCAAGAGAAUGGAGAUCACAAAGAAGUAAAAGUGAAAGUGGAACCUAUUCCCGCGAUUAGCCAUGCCACACUGGGCGCUGCUAGCCGGAUCAUUCAGACGCCACAGACCACCCCAGUCCAGACGGUUACCAUAGUGCAGCAGGCACCUCUGGGUCAGCACCAGCUACCAAUAAAAACUGUAACGCAAAAUGGGACUCACGUGGUGCCAAUCCCUGCCGCCGUCCAUGGCCAGGUGAACAAUGCAGUGGCGAGUCCUCUGCACAUGUUGGCGACACAUGCCUCGGCAUCGGCCUCCCUGCCCACAAAGCGCCAGAAUGGCGACCAGACGGAGCAGCCGGAGCUGAAGCGGGUCAAGACAGAAGACGGCGAGAGCAUCGUCAUCGCCCUGAGUGUGGACACGCCGCCGGCAGCCGGCAGGGAGAAAGGGGUCCAAAACUAGCGACUGGACAGCUUUUCUUACUUUAGUAUCAACUCUGUGGUGCCAAAAGGAGACACUGCCACUCACCGACGCUCGGAGCGCGUUAUCUCGGUGGGUAGAGGGCCCUGCGGUUGGACUUCACCUCAGCACUGAACACACAAAACCCAGGUGGCCUUAAAACUCCUAAAAGACAGAAGUCACACCUGAACAAAACCACAUGCAACAAAACCUGGUUCCGGCAGUGUCUCCCCACCCCGAGCUCAGCUUGUCACUCCGGAGCGGAGCUGCUGGGACAGGGCGGGGACUGUCCCCACCGCCCUCCCCAGGACCCUGGGGGCUGGCACUGGUAGAUGAGACAGUAUUUUGUUGUUCACAUGUGGAAUUAGAAUAUUUUGAGGUGUACUUUCUUUACAAAAUAACGGGGUCUUUGACAUUUCCGAUCGCUCCAUUUCUACUCUGGAAAUUUUGGAAUCACACAGGACCUUUCGUGUUGAUUUCAUUUGGGGAAAAGAAACAAUGUAGUUUUGUUUUUGUUGUUUGUUUUCAGCCUAUGGAAUGAUUUCCUUUUGUCUGUCCUGUUAACGUUCAGAUGGAGCUACUUGAUGACAUCUGCAGGUUUUCCGUGUUAGAGCAGGUGCCGGAUGCAUCUAGGACGGACGGACAGACUGGACAGAUGGACGCCCAUGCUGGGCCGCAUGUUAACCAUGACUGAAAGAACUGCUGGAUUCGCGGAGCUGCACUUAACUGGGUCUCUUUCCUGCUACUUUUUGUUGUUUGUUCCUUUGUGUUGACUUUGUCCCUGGCAUAAUUUUCCACUCUAAGUAAAACAAGCCUCCUAAGUGUUGUGUGUGUUUAAAACGACAGAACUGUUCCUGUUUCAUUUGGAAAAAAGAUUCAGUCUUAUACCACACACCCUUUUCAGACAAGUGUCACAGGUCUCUCCGUGGCAUGUUCACUAGUCACUGUCACCGGUUCUAGGCACAGAGCCGUCGUCCAACCAGCUGUCCACCUGAUGACACUGCGGUUUGCCCGGCUCAUGGGGAGCAGGUGCUGGGGUGGCUCAGAAGCUGCAUGUUAACACAAGGGUCUUGGAAACAUCCAUGUCCUUCUCUGGUUUGUAACAGGAAAUCCCCCUCAGCCUCUCAGAACUGAAGCAGUCCUAAAGCUGACUUCUCUCCUACAAAAAACAAAAGUGAGACGAAA